UUCGCGUUUGACAGGCCUCGCGAGCGUGACGUCAUCUGGCGGCGCCGCUGAACAGAUUGCACAUUGGUUGCAGCAGAGGUGCAGGAAGCGCUACUGGAGGGGACAUGCUGAGGACAGUGAGCCGGGUUGGGGGCGCCCUGCUACGGGGCUCCCAAGUAAAUGGUCCUAAAGCCUGGAACUUAGAGGCGCGCCGUUGUGCAUCCUCAGGACUUCCCAUGAACACGGCCAUCUUGUUUGUUCCCCAGCAGGAGGCCUGGGUGGUGGAGCGUAUGGGCAGGUUCCACCGCAUCCUGGAGCCGGGUCUGAACCUUCUCAUUCCAUUUCUGGAUCGCAUUCGAUACGUGCAGAGCCUGAAGGAGAUUGUGAUCAACGUUCCUGAGCAGUCCGCUGUGAGCCUGGACAAUGUCUCCUUACAGAUAGAUGGAGUGCUCUACCUGCGUGUCAUGGACCCCUAUAAGGCCAGUUACGGUGUGGAAGAUCCAGAAUACGCAGUCACCCAGUUGGCGCAGACCACCAUGCGUUCUGAACUUGGCAAACUGACAUUAGACAAGGUCUUCAGGGAGAGAGAAUCCCUGAACUCCAACAUUGUGUGCGCCAUAAACCAGGCUUCUGAUUACUGGGGGAUCAAGUGUCUGCGGUAUGAAAUUAAAGACAUCCAUGUACCACCCAAAGUCCGAGAUGCCAUGCAGAUGCAGGUGGAGGCCGAGCGGCGGAAGAGGGCUAUGGUGCUGGAAUCUGAAGGGACCAGAGAAUCUGCUAUCAAUGUGGCUGAGGGGCAAAAACAGUCCCAGAUCUUGGCGUCCGAGGCAGAGCGAGCAGAAAAGAUCAACUAUGCUGCAGGUGAAGCAAAUGCAAUCCUAGCCAAGGCUAAAGCCCGGGGCGAGGCGAUCCGUCUGGUGGCAGAUGCUCUCACCCAGCAGCACGGCGAUGCUGCGGCGUCCCUCUCCAUAGCUGAACAGUACGUGACCGCCUUCUCUAAUCUGGCUAAAGACUCUAACACCAUACUACUCCCAGCAAACACCGGAGACGUCACCAGCAUGGUGACCCAGGCCAUGGGAAUUUACAGCACACUAAGCAAAAACCUACAGCAAAACAGUCCCUCAGUAGAGUCGGCAGAGGACGUCAAACUGACAGGGGCGGUGAAGCAGAGGUCCUGAUGGAUGGUCCUGCCAUGCCGCACACCUAUGUCACCGCCCAAUAUUAGGAGAUUUUGUAUUUUAAGUAUGAUAUGUCACAUAAUAUAUGAUUUCAGACAAA